AUGGGACAGUCAACGUCAACCACAGCAGAGCCCAAGAGUGAGAGUUACCUGGCUAAGCCCAGUGGUGCUUGUUGCCUCAAAGGCACAAUUCAUGAGGGCGAAUCCAGAGGCACUUGGGAAACAAUUGCAGAUGUCGAAACCUACAUAACAAGACCCCCAGAUGGAAAGGCAAAUGGAAAUAUCCUUCUGUACUUUCCUGAUGUAUGGGGCAUGUUUCCUAAUGGCCUAUUGGUCAUGGACGCCUUUGCUGAUGCAGGCUAUCUCGUCCUAGGCCUGGACUACUUUCGUGGGGACCCAGUCUGGAAGCAUCGCAAGGACCGCCAUGACAACAGAAAUCCAGACUUUGACUACGAGGCUUGGAAACGCAAGCACACAGCGUUUGCCGAUGAGGCAGUCCCCAAAUGGGUGAACGCCGUGAAGAAGAGUUACGGAACAAGCACAUCCAAGUUUGCCUGUGUCGGCUACUGCUUUGGUGCUCCGUAUGUCUGCAACGAACUCAAGGGUGACACCGUGACAGUCGGUGCUUUUGCUCACCCAGCGUUUCUGAAGGAACACCACUUUCAGGAUCUAAAGAAACCUCUAUUUCUGUCAUGCUCCGAAAUUGACCACACAUUCGACGUCCCAUCUAGACGUCGCGCAUUGGAUAUCUUACAAUCCAAUAAAAAGGUAUUCCAUUACCAGGUGUUUUCUGGUGUUGAACAUGGAUUCGCUUUAAGGGGCGAUCAGAGUGAUCCUUAUCAGAGAUGGGUCAAGGAGCAGAGUCUUGCGGGUAUAGUGUCAUGGUUCGAUUAUUGGCUGUCACAAUGA